GGAUUGGCUCUCGCUUUGCCUCUCCUCCUCCUAAACUUUCCCAAACUGCGAUACGCACACACGCCAUCCACGCAGCGACUGAAAGUAAGGAGAACUGCUUUAAGGAAUGAGGAGGUUUUCACCUUAUUCCACUGCCAGGUUGCCUUUUAAAACAUGUAAGAAUUUUAAAGCGCCUUUUAAAAAUGUCGCAAACGACCUCGACGCGGAUGAUCUGUAUUUUUUACCGGCGGUAAUUUUUCAAGUUUCUUGCUCGAAACGGGACAGGAAGGCAUCGGGGAAACUUUCUGCGCGAGGGCUUCCAUAGCCAGCGCUGCCUGGGGAAGAGAGCGCGUGCUUGCGUACUUUUUCCAAACGGGGCUCCAGCAAAACGUUUUCUGCGGUCCUGCGCCGAGGGACCGCCUGAUCCGCUCAGGCUUUUCUGAGAUAUAUUGUGGGUGGUAGCGUGAAUGCCCUGUGUCGGCAUUGAGGGAUGCCAGCAUGCCCUCGCUGAUUCUCUCCCAUCUGCUCCUCAUCUGGCUCGCGCUCCAGCGGCUGGCUCUGUGCGGCGAGCGCGCGUCCACUCGCGAGCGCUUCAAAGUGGUUAUCGCGCCACUCAUCUGCAAACGGACGUGUCUGAAGGGCCAGUGUCAGGACACCUGCGAGCAGGGCAACAACACGACCCUCAUCGGGGAAAACGGACAGUCGGCGGACACACUGACCGGGCCGGGCUUCAGAGUCGUGGUGUGUCCUCUCACAUGUAUGAAUGGAGGAGUAUGCAGUACCCGCACACACUGUCUCUGUCCACCAGGCUUUACUGGACGCCUUUGCCAAUACCCACUUCGGACGCAAGCAUCUCGAGGCAAUAAGCAGCCCGUCUAUAGCAUACAGGUGAUGCCUGAGUCCCAGAGUCUGUCUGAGUCAGGUGGCACAGGUGGGCGGCAGCAGAUGACACAGACACACUCUGUGAUCACACUGCAAGGCACUGGACAUCACUCCUCUGAAGUGCAGGUCAAUGUUCGUGUUGUUCACACACCAGACACUGCAGUUGUCAUUCAUCCUCUCGACCAAUCAGAGAACAAGCCUCACAGUACCAAGACUGUGACCCGCCUCCCUCCACAGACGCACAAGCCAAAGGGGAGGUGCUUCCAGGAAACCACACCCAAACAGGCUUGUAGUAGUAACCCUCUCCCUGGUUUGACCAAUCAGGAAGACUGCUGUGGCAGUGUGGGUAACUCCUGGGGCCAAAAUAAAUGUUACAAAUGCCCAUUACUACCUUAUGCUGGAAAACACCAGACUAUAGUAGAAGACUUUGGCUCCACGUGCCCUCAGGGAUACAAGAGACUCAACAGCACUCACUGCCAAGACAUAAAUGAAUGUAUGAUGCAGGGGCUGUGUCAGAAUGGAGAAUGUUUAAACACACAGGGAAGUUUCCGUUGCACCUGCAAACCUGGUUAUGUACUGACAGAAAGGACACGCUGUGUAGAUCUUUUUGCUUUCUUGGUAUCAGCAGCAACGAUUGACCAGGGGCUCUGUUAUCGUAUGGUUACGGAAGCAGGGAAAUGUGAGCAUGCUCUUCCAACACGCCUUUCCCAGGAGAUGUGCUGCUGCACUGUGGGUAAAGCAUGGGGCAGCAACUGUGAGAGAUGCCCUCAGGAUGGGACAGCUUCCUUUAAUAAGAUCUGUCCAGCGGGAAAGGGGAUGUCUUUCCUGACCUAUCAUGGCACUCUUUCCAUUCAGCCCUGGCUGACCAGUAUUGAACACUUUAAUCCAGACACUGAGGUCAAGCUUCCGGAAAUCCCAAUUCAGACGACCACGCCCAUGCAGCUCUCACCAAUCAGCACACAUGGGCCUCGCCACCCAGUCAUUGUGGCCAGACCAACAACUCCUCCCAUAGUCCAUGUACCUCCAGAGAGCGAUUCACAUGAAGUGGCCCAGACGCAGGUCUCGCCAAUGGAUGACUGCAAGCUGAACAGGAAUAUAUGUGGCCAUGGGGAGUGUGUGAACACACAAAAUGGUUUCAUGUGCCACUGUUACCCUGGAUAUCGACCACAUGCAGAGAGAAAGAGUUGUGUAGAUGAAAAUGAAUGUGACUCAGAUCCAUGUGGUAGAGGCACCUGCAUUAACAACGUGGGUUCCUACAGAUGCAACUGUCACAGUGGCUUCAAACUUGUGAUGCAUCAUGGGAAACGCAGAUGUGUUGAUAUAAACGAGUGCUCGAAGCCUGAAACUUGCGGAGUUGGAGGGCAUUGCACAAAUUUUCAUGGCUCUUACAAGUGCGAGUGUCUACCGGGCUUCCGGAGCAAAUCACGCAGACAACCUCUCUGUGAAGACAUUAAUGAAUGUUCGGACCCAAGUAUCUGUCCUAACGAACAGUGUGAGAAUACUGUUGGAUCCUAUGAGUGUAUACCCUGCCAACCUGGAUACCAAGCACAGGGAGGAGUGUGUUACGAUAUCAAUGAGUGUCAGAAGCGUGGUGUUUGUCUAAACGGCCGUUGUGAGAACUUGGCAGGAUCGUAUCGAUGUCUGUGUAAUGAGGGCUUCCUGCCUGAGACUGACAGCAAAGGCUGCAGAGACAUCAAUGAGUGCCAGGAUAACCGUUUGUGUGCUAACGGUCUCUGCGUUAACACUCAGGGAUCAUUCCACUGCCAGUGUUACCUUGGUUUCCAGCCUACACAAGAGGGAAGCCACUGCGAAGAUAUUAAUGAGUGUGAGCGCCCUUCCAACUGUCAGCGAGGACGCUGUAUCAAUACGAUGGGCUCUUACCUCUGCGAGUGCCAGAAAGGAUACAUGCUCGUCAGUGGACGCCGAUGCCAGGAUAUAGAUGAGUGCGCUGUGGAAAGGAGCCUGUGUCAGCCUCACGGCAUAUGUGAAAACAGACAGGGAGGAUAUGUGUGUGUGUGCAAUGAUGGUUUCAGACUGUCUGAAGACAAACACAGCUGUGAAGAGGUUGAGAUAUUGCGGAACGAUAAGAAGGAGUGCUACCUAAAUCUAGAUGACACCGUGUUCUGUGACAGCGUCCUGGCAACCAACGUUACUAAGCAGGAGUGCUGCUGCUCUAUCGGUGUGGGAUGGGGAGACCACUGCGAGAUCUACCCCUGUCCCGUCUACCACUCGGCGGAGUAUCUGUCUCUGUGUCCAAUUGGCAGAGGAUUUUACCAUGAGGAGGGAAAGGUGGAAUAUGGAUUGGCUAUGCACAGAGAUAUUGAUGAGUGUGUAUUGUUCUCUAACGAGAUCUGUAAGGAGGGACGUUGUAUGAACACACAGCCUGGCUUUGAAUGCUACUGCCAGCAGGGAUUUUACUAUGACAGCAAUCUACUGGAAUGUAUUGAUGUGGAUGAAUGUCACGACGAGUCCCUGUGUACCAACGGACACUGUGUGAACACUCGAGGGUCCUUCUACUGCACCUGCAGUCCACCCUGGGUCCCUGACGCCUUCAACAAGAAGUGUGUCUUUCCCACAAUUACAGGUGUGGAUGAAUGUCAGGACACUGCUAACUGCAAAAAUGGCCACUGUGUAAACACCCAAGAUUCCUAUUAUUGUAUCUGCACUCCUCCUUGGAUUCUGGCAACUGACCGCAACAGCUGCGUCACACCUGAGGAGCAGGCAGUAACGGGUGUGUCUGUGGUGCACCUUUCAGAUGUGAAUGAGUGUGAAGAUCCCUCCUACUGUAGGAACGGGAGAUGUGUCAACACUCCCGGCUCCUUCCACUGCAUUUGCAAGCAGCCACACACCUUCAGUGCAGCCCUGAAGCAAUGCGUCUAUGAUGACCGCACUGCAGCACAUAAAGACAUAUGUUUCCAGGAGGUUGACGAGGAUCUUAUGUGCACUAUGCCACGAAAUGAGCUAACGGUGACAUACUCUGAGUGCUGCUGUCAUUACGGUCGAGGCUGGGGUCCUGAGUGCCGGACCUGCCCAAAUAGAAAUUCAGUGCUUUUUAACAGGUUGUGUGAGAUGCAUUUGGAGACCGAGUCUGACGGAGAGGGGGACUUCCUGGCAGCUUUCUCCAAUUACAACCCAGAGGGAGACAGUUCGGAGGAAGACUCAGACGAGUGCAGCUGUGCUAACGGACGGUGCGUGCGCUCCUAUCUGGGUACGAUGUGCGAGUGCAAUACUGGAUUUGUACUGGACCACUCUCGAACACGCUGUAUAGAUAUCGACGAGUGUGCGGGCCGAGGGACAGGGCAGAGCCCCUGCAAGAAUGCACGCUGCAUUAACACCCUCGGUUCAUUCAAAUGUCACUGCAAAGUCGGAUUUGUAGCGGCACGCCGACCGAACGUGUGCAUACGCGCCAGGGCUCAGUAACAGCGCUGUGGCUCAUCCACACAGUUCACGCUUCUACAGCCCACACUCUCUCUCAUGUACAUAAAGAAAUAUCCAUAUGCCGCCACUAAUACACAUCAUCAAAUCUAGUAUAACUGCAAUUAUGAACAUUUACCCAUAAACACACACGCUAAACAUUUCACAUUCUCAUUUCCUGUUAAUCAUCUGCUUAUGUUGGGAAUUAAUCAUUAAAGGAAUAGUUCACCCAAAAAUGUUACAUUUUAUACAAACCCCAAGCCGUCCCAGGUGUAUAUAACUUUGUUCUUUUACCUCGCAGUACUUGCAGAUAUAUUCGAAAUAAUGCUCACUAACCACGAGCAUUACCAAGCUUGAAAGAGCCUGGAUAAAUAAAAAAAACAACAACUCCUGACUGUGUUCAUCUGAAGGAAGAAAGUCAUAUACACCUAGGAUGGCUUCGGGGUGAAUUUUCAUUUCUGGGCGAACUAUUCCUGUAAUUCUGAAAUAUUAAGGUGUUAUGUUGCUUUUAUUGUAUGCUUUUAUUUCAUAUCUGUUUGAAAAUGUGUUUGUUGCUGGAUGAGGGAUUGUCAUUGGAUGAAAUGUGUCUUCUAACUUAAGUGGGUUGAUUUUUUUUGUAAUUAUGUUGCUGCUCGGCACGUUUUGGUUAACUUUAUUAUAACUCACUUUUUGUUAAAUAUUGUAUUUUUUCUUUUUCUUUAACAUUUAAAUUUGUAAGACUCUCAAGUCAUUUUUUUCUCAUUCGUUUUUGCCCUUUUUCAGUUCGAUAUCAACGAUCAUUUGCUUUUUGUGAUAUUCCUUUGUUUGUAUUGAUGUCUGUUUGUUGUUCACCAUCGAUAGUGUUUUGUUCUGUUCAUUUGUACAUUGUUUUCUUUAUCUGAUUAUGCAACCGUUGUCAUCUUUCUUUGGUUGCACUGAGAACCUUUACGUUUUUAUAUGAAGUUAGUCAUUGACGAAGAUGCCAGUGAUGAUUUUGGUUUUCUCAACCAUUUAAAUUGUGCAAAAAUGUUCUACUGAAACAGAAUGAAAAAAAAAAAAAAAAAUCAGUUUCUUAAAUACUUUUUGCUUUCUUAAUGAGACAGAACUGUGAGGUUAUUUUUCACAGAAUAAAAUAGACCCAAUAACUACACAAGUGCAUAUACCAAAGAAAUGAAGAUAAAUUAAUAAACAAGAAAAAAGAAGUCAAACUCAGUGCUCAGUGCUGCUGACUGUCCUUUUUAUUUUAUUAAUUAUAAUUAGGCUGUAACAGGGUGUUUUGGUGUUGGAUUUAGGGCCAAUUGUAAGAAAAUGGCAGCGGCUUUACAGUGAGGGAAAUUUUGUCAGCUUUUUCAUCUUUCUAUAAAUAUUAUCCCUAGUUGAACACAAAAUAUUGGGUUGAUUUUCAAUCAUAUGUAACACUCGAUUCCAAAAAAAAAGGUCUAUUUUUGCAUUGAGUAAUAACUGCUGCUUUGAUUGAAUUGCAUCAUUACACUCGUUUAACUACCAGCUGUAGUAUCAUCUGCUCUACACUUCUAAAAGAGAUCGAACAAAUCAAGUAACUACAACGGUAAUAGAGCUACUAUAACACCUCACAUUAUGUGUUAAGAUGAAUAAAAUGAUCGGCUCUUAGAUUUGUUACCUAAAGGUGUGAUUGGUUUACAGGCUGUCAAUAACUUGUGUGCAGAGAUAAAAAAAAAAUAAAUACUUAACCAUUGCUGACAUUCAAAUAUAUUGAAGGAAGUUGUUUAAAAAAAUAAAAUACAAGCACCUUUG